AUGAGCUCUGAGGAAGCCAUUAUGGGUCCUGAAAAGCACACACUUUCCUUACAUUUGGAGGCUCCAAAGGUUCAAUGGAGGAUGGGCAAGCCCCCAAAUUAUGAAGCUGCUAACAAGCUCUUUGAACAUGGAAGAACAAAGGUUUGGCCGAAAGGAUCUCUCGAAGAAACCGUGCAGAAUAUCGUAAAAUCAAUGCACGCUGAGUUAGCUUACAUGACAAGAUCACAAGAUUUCAAGACCAUAAACCCUAAAAAAUUCGUAGUUUAUAUCAACGGAAGAGAGGGGCUCUCAGGUGAAGAGGCAGUGAGGCUUGGAAGCUUCAAUGCAAUGCUGAAGAGCUCUCUACCAGAGGAAUUCCAUUACUUCAAAGCAAAGGAAGAGACAUUUGAAUCAACUUAUAAUGACUUUAAGACAUGUUUUCCAAGAGGGUUUGCAUGGGAACUUCUCCAGGUUUAUUCUCCUCCUCCUUUGAUUGCCUACAAGUUUAGGCAUUGGGGUUUCUUUGAAGGGCCCUAUAAAGCUCAUUCCCCUACUCUAGAAAUGCUCGAGUUCUUCGGCAUGGGAACUCUCAAGGUAGAUUCAUCAUGGAAGGUUGAAGAAGUUCAUGUGUUCUUUGAUCCAGCUGAGCUAUUUGGAAGUCUUUUGAAAGGCAAAAAAACAGCUUCAGAAUCCAAAACAGCUGAUUCAUCUGCCUCUGCCUGUCCACUCUUCAAUCAACCAAAUUCUUACGUUGUUAUGUUUGUUAAUUGUACCCUUUUUCUGUCGGUAGAUUCAUCAUGGAAGGUUGAAGAAGUUCAUGUGUUCUUUGAUCCAGCUGAGCUAUUUGGAAGUCUUUUGAAAGGCAAAAAAACAGCUUCAGAAUCCAAAACAGCUGAUUCAUCUGCCUCUGCCUGUCCACUCUUCAAUCAACCAAAGUAG